UGUGAGAAAAAUAUUUCUCGUCUCUAGAGAGAAAUUUGUUCUCAGCAAUUGAUUGGAUAAUCAAAGUUCGUGACCUGUCGGAACUACUUUUUCAAGGUUAACAAGAAUUCUCGGCCUUCUUCGAUAAACAUCUUAGUAACGUGUAAACAAACUAUCGAGAACUCGUCGUCUGCAAUUUUCAUUAUAAGAAAGAAAUGUCGCUCAACGAAAACUUGACAAGGGGACAAAAAGUCAGACUUGUAGGGGGGCAAAUGGGAGUUAUAAAAGGUAAAACAGACAACUUUGGGUUUCCGUUGUGGGAAAUUCAGCUAGAAGGUGGUAAACUUGUAACUGAGGCCAGAUACAGGUUUGACAUUAUUUCUGAGCCUGACAGAACAGUCACACACCCAUUAGAACAUGACUCCCCACCACAUGUUCCUGAUGAACUCCUGUAUCUGUUUGAGCCAGAGUUGAAUGAAGUUGAUAAAACGCCAAAUGAAGCUCCUGUAAAUGUGUCAGCACCACCUCAAGCACCUACACAAAAGCCUAGUUCAAAAGCAUCAAAACCAAGACAGUUUGUUCCAGUUGAUGAAUCAACUGUAGAACAAUUUGUUAAAGAUCAGGAAAAUCAAGGCACUGCCAGAAAAAAUAUAAGUGAUAUGCGCACACUUACACAGUUCCUACAACAGAAAAAUGAAAAAAGAGAAAUUUAUAAAAUUCCACCUGAAGAAUUAAACAGUCUUUUAUGUCAGUACUUUUUCUCUGUGAGAAAAACUGAUGGAGAAGAGUAUGAGCCAUCCUCACUACGUGGAAUGAUGUGUUCAUUUGAUAGAAUACUGAGGAGCAAUGAUUAUGGCUAUGAAUUAAGUAAAAGUGUAGAAUUUGCUAAAACCAGAGAUGUUCUUACGGCAAAACAGAUAGCGUUAAAAAAAAUGGGUAAAGGAAAUGGUGAUAAAAGAGCUGAAACACUCACUGAUGAUGACAUUGAAGCAAUGUUUAAAACUGGGCAGCUGGGCUUGUCCAAUCCUACAACUCUAUUGCACACUCUCUGGUUUUUUAACACAAUAUAUUUUGGCCUACGUGGUGUAACUGAACAUUAUCAGAUGACAUGGGGGGAUGUCCAACUAUGUAAAGACUCUAAAAGUCAGGAAUACUUGCAAAUGAACGAGAGAAAUACUAAAACAAGAACUGGAGCAAAUCUGAAAAACACAAGAGAAAUUCCUCAAAGGGCCUGGGCCACAACUGAUCAAACAAAAUGUCCUGUAGCUGCAUACAAGCUUUACAAGUCAAAAAGACCUACAAAAUAUAGUAAGCCUGAAGAUCCCUUCUACAUUCAGGAGAACAACAACCCUGACAAGUCAGCCCUUUGGUUUAAGGCACAAAGAAUUGGUAUCAAUAAAUUAGGAAAAUUCAUGAAGAAAAUGGCUUUAAAUACAGGUAUUAUUAAAGAACACAAUCAAAAUGAUGAGAACCAACCUCUAGAUGACAAUACAAACAGGCGCCUAACCAACCAUUCAGCUAGAAGGUUUAUGCUUCAGAAGCUUGAUGAUGAGGGAAUUGAACAUAAUCAUAUCAAACAGAUAUCUGGACACAAAAACAUACAGAGUAUCACCACUUACUCAAAACUGAACCCUCAGAAACAUAAACAGAUAGCCCAAUGCAUCUUAGGUAACCAGGAUCAUGAGGCUGAAAAUGAACAACAAAUACAGUCUUCACAGACAACGAGGACGGUUACGAUGGGACGUCAAUGCAUCUUAGGUAACCAGGAUGAAAAUGAGCAACAAAUACAGUCUUCGCAGACAACGAGGACGGUUACGAUGGGACGUCAAGCAGUUCAUCAAACAGAGACACAACUCGUGGUUGGGCAAAGCCAAAGUCACGAUGCACCGCGUUCAGGAAUGAACUAUAUCUUUGGGGCACCUAUUUAUGGAGGGACAUUUAAUAUCAAUAUUAACAAUACAUCACCAUCAGUUCAGCCUCCUCAGAAGAAACGCCGAUUUGUUAUCGAGAGUGACAGUUCACAAGAUGAAUAAACUACUGUGGUCAGC